AUGGCCAGUACUAGGUUACCUUGGCAGAUAACUGAAAGUGUCACUAAGGCAAGUGAGGAAUUUGAACAUCUACUGUUGCAGGUUAUGGAGCUAGAGUCAAAGCUUAAUGAAGCAAAAGAAGAGUUUACUUCAGGUGGACCUCUUGGUCAGAAACGAGACCCUAAAGAGUGGAUACCACGUCCUCCAGAAAAAUAUGCUUUGAGUGGGCAUAGAAGUCCAGUCACUCGAGUCAUCUUCCAUCCAGUUUUUAGUGUUAUGGUCUCUGCUUCAGAAGAUGCGACAAUAAAGGUCUGGGAUUAUGAAACGGGAGAUUUUGAACGGACACUUAAGGGACAUACAGAUUCUGUACAGGAUAUCUCAUUUGACCAGACUGGGAAACUGUUAGCUUCAUGCUCUGCUGACAUGACCAUCAAGCUAUGGGAUUUUCAAAGCUUUGAGUGUAUCCGAACAAUGCAUGUUUGUGUGAAGACUUUCACAGGACAUAGAGAAUGGGUGCGUAUGGUACGACCUAAUCAGGAUGGCACCUUAAUUGCAAGCUGUUCAAAUGACCAGACAGUGCGAGUAUGGGUAGUAGCAACAAAGGAAUGCAAAGCUGAACUUCGAGAACAUGAGCAUGUGGUAGAAUGUAUUUCUUGGGCCCCAGAAAGUUCUUACGCUACUGUUUUGGAAGCUACAGGAUCUGAGACAAAGAAGAGUGGCAAACCUGGACCUUUUCUACUGUCUGGAUCCAGAGAUAAGACCAUUAAGAUGUGGGAUGUUAGCACUGGCAUGUGCCUUAUGACACUGGUAGGGCAUGACAAGACUCAGAGAAAAGAGCAGCUGGGGAGAAUUAUGAAAAAUGACUUGCAGGCCCUGUACUUGAGGAUAUCCGUAACUACCAUUGAAAGUAAAGAACCUAAAGCCAUCAGAUUAUGCUUAUCAGGUAUUUUACUUCAAGAUAUGUACUGCUUAGGUGAAAGAUGGUAUUUGAGGUAUUGUACUGUGAUGGGUCUUUUUCUUUUCUCCACAGAUUUCCACAAGACCGCCCCAUAUGUGGUUACUGGAAGUGUAGAUCAAACAGUUAAAGUGUGGGAGUGCCGUUGAUCAAAUUUCAUUUCCCUUUCCUUCUGGAUGCACUCAAAUGCUGUGGUUACCAUCAAGCUCUGUUUAAAUAACUAUUGUCCUUUCAUGUAAAUUAUUAUGGAUGUAGAUUGAGCUUAUUAAAUGUUACACAAAGUAUUCAUGCAUGGUGAAUCCAAACUGUAUACUGUAAAUUUUACAUACAUCGUCUAGAAAUACCAUAGGUUUAAGAACAUGGGCUGGCAUUGGUCACAUCAGAUCUGUGAAGGCAGCUGUAGAUUGGUUAACUGAUAGUAGGGCAUUGAAAUGUAAUAUUUGACAGUGUUGCCUGUCUGUCAGAUUUUGAUGCGUUUGGGAGUACCUAGGUUGAUGGUCUGUUCAAAUCUUGAAGUCAAGGUUUGAGCAUUGGGGUGGGGGCGGGGGGCUACAGCAGUUUUCAUGACAUGUCAGUAGCAAAUUCUGAAGUCCAGUUAGUGUAUGACAUGCAUAGAAGAUUUUAUGACAGGCAGAGAAGAUUUACAGAAUUGUAAUUCAGAGUUUGAAGAACCUUAAUAUAUUUAUUGCCAUCCCAGCACAAACAGACCAUAUACAUAGGAAUUAUUUGUAGUGUAGGACGAUCUUAUUCAAGGAGGUGGCAUUUUCACAACUGACGGUCAUAUUUGUAUAGUGCCACAUUAUUUUACAGGGUAUGGUCAAUUGUUUUGUGUCAGACCAAAGCAUUGCUCCCUUACCCCAUAGUAAAUAACUGUACAAGGUUCAUUAAGAGCAUUUGUUGUUACAGUGAUCCAAGGCUUGAGUACCAUAUUUUAUUCAGUUAGGGAUGUGCAAUAGCUUUUGUUUGAGAAGACAAAAGAAGCAUAAAAUGCACUUGUUUUGGGAGUAGCAGUGAAUACUAUAGCAAGUCAGUGUUACCUCUGGUUACAGAUUAGCUUGUGAAGAUGAAAACUUUAAGAGUAAAGGCAGGUACAACCUUUAAUUUAUUAAGCGUUAUUCACAAAAGAGAAAGCCCCUUCAGAAAAGAAUACACAAUUCAAUAAUCUGAAUGCUUGAAGAAUUUCAGCACUAGAAAUUUCCUUUAACUGUAAUGUAUGUUCCACCAGGUAAAGUUGUUAAACUGUACAUCCCUAAAGUUAAAUCAAAGACAAAGUUCUAAAUCAAGUAUUUAAUAACUUUGAAGCAGUGACAUUGUAUAUAAAUGUGUAACAUGGUAAUUAGACUGUUUACAAACCCGAUCUUAAAGCAUUCUGCCCUUAAACUGUAAGAAUUAUGUUUAAUGUAUUUAAUUUCAACAGACAAGUGAAAUAAAUGAUUUAUUUCACUGUCUUGGACUGUGUAGGAUGAGUAGUUCAUACAGUAAAAUGUACAGUAAAUACUUUCCUUUUGGGGAGGGAAAGAACAAGUAUAAGCAGGAAAUAAAGUGGUGUGUUCAUUACUUUCUUCAUGACCAUUUGGAGCAAUGCCAGUGCUUUACUCCAGGUUUGUGUAGAAUAACUGGAUUUCUGAAAGAUAUGCUUGAGUACUAACCAAAUGAAGUUACUACUUUUCAAGUUUUGAAGUUUAAUAGCUAUAGAGAAAUUGUGCUCAUUGUCUGAGUUUCCUUUGUUUUGAGUUCUGCAUUUCCCACAGUUCACACACUGACAACUGAGCCUUAUCCUUAAGAAACUUCUCAUCUUUACAGAUUGCCUUCACAAUAAAAAGUGGCCUACAGCGAAUAACCUUGUACCUAGUGUCUCAGUGUAUCCUCUCUAUUAUACCACUGUUCCUGCAUAAAGAACCUUUUUUGGAUUAAUUCCACCCUUACUCCCGUUAUAACACAGUCCAAGAAUGCAUUUGUUUUCUGUGAUGGGACUUCAGAAAUUGAAGGGAAAGCUGCUGGUGAAAAAAGGAGAAAAUAAAUGAUUGACACAAUGAACACUGAAUAAUUGCACCAGUUACUGGCAAGAGUGCAGGUAACUCAGCAUUACCCAAAGUGAAACAAACUAAAUGGUAAGAGGUUUUAAAUUGUCAGCAUUUGGAUUCACCCGAGAAGACUUCUAAAAAUGUUUGCUUUUAUUCAUGGAUACACAACUCGGAAGCAGAGUGGGAUGUAUUAUUAUCCAGAGGUUAGCUCAGAUUUCUGUUCCAGAAGUGCUGUAUUUAUUUGGAGCAAAAUUGAUGGAUAUCUUCCUUUGGAGAGUACAUUCUGAGUAGUGGUUUUCAAAAUGAAACCGGACUUGGAUUCCCAUUUGUACUAUAUACUCAUAAACUUUUGGGGGGCAAGCUGCAUCUUAAAAUUUUAUUACACAAAUUAAACAUGUCUAAUUGUAUCAUAUAUUAAUGUGUUGUCCAGAACUCCAAAUUUGUCUUUCUGAAACAAGAAAUAAAACAAUAAAAAGAAGUUAUGGCAGACCAGUAUUUACAGUCACACUUUAUAGGAAAAUCGUAAGAAAUGUUUUCUUUUUAUGAAGUUUACAACUCUGGUUGUUUUCAGGCUAUGUAGUAUUCAGAAGAAAGGCACAGUAUAUACUAUGUUGGUUUAUUUUAGUUUUCUUUCCUUGCCCUUCCGAAAAGGGGAUAGUGUCAUUGUCUGUCUAUCUGGUCUACAUAACAAAUGUUUAGUUACAUUAAUUAUCAGAUUAAAUUAUUUAAAGAAAAUUGCUUUUUUCUUUAUAGUGAUGUCACCACAGGCAGAAACUAUUUAGUGGUACUCCACAUUAAAUAGUGUAUUUUGUUUUUUUAAGCAAGUGUGCUUGCUUUAAAUAAUUAGCUAUGAAGACAAUAAGCAUGUGUUUUAGAUUUGUAGUCUGCCUUAAACAGCUGUUCUGAAGUUGAAGGUGAAUUUAUCUUAAAAUCAGAUUUUGGUAAUUUCUCGUGUGUGCUGCAUGUUAAGAAAUUUGAAAAAAUGUUUGGGUGUUCCCUGAAACCUGUAUUAACAUUUUGUCAUACUUGAUUGAAAUGUAUUGGAAACCUGAUAUGUGAAUAUCAGGCUUUCGAGUAAGUCCCAUUAAAUAUUUGUUUGACUUCACACAAAAUGCACAAUGGGAAUGAAAACUAAUCUCUCCACCCCCCCACCCCCCCACCCCAGUCUGAUAACAGUGGCAGACUGUCGUCAACCUUUCAUGUUUAACAUGCUGCAAAGUAUUACCAGAACAUGCAGUUCUUUUAAAUUGUCUGUAACUGAGAAUGGUUAGUUUAAAUAUAAUUUCCACAUCUUUUAAAAUACAUUGGCUUGGAAUGUCAUAAACCUUUGUUCAUUUGAAAAUAUUUUAAUGCUAUGUGGUGCAUUUGUAUGAAAAUGUCCAUUAAGGCAAUUGGAUUCCUUGGAAACGUCAAGUGAAUUUGAAGGCAAUGGUAUGGGUGAGUCAGAAGACAUUCCAUGUUGCCACAUUAGUCUGUUUGCCCAUAAAUAUAGGAACCAAGAAAAUAUAAAUGUAGGAAUGUUUGACAGCUGCAUACUCUCUGGGUUGCAUAAAUUAUUUAAUUGCAUCUUGCACUUCAGAAAAACGUCCAGCUUUUGUGCCUGUGCGUUGUGACCAGUUGUGUGCCCAGUGCACCAAUCAAAAAUAAAUAGCUGCUAAUAAGUCAGCCAAGAGCUCUUCAGCAUUUGUAGUAUCUUGGAAGCUAUAGCUACAGACUUAACAUGCCCAUUCUGCUGUCAGUACCAUGCUUUCUUUUAUUUCUGUUUUUACGACUGCCUGAUUAACACUUGCAAGUAGCUUUUCAAGAAAAGCCAUUUAGAAAAUGCAGAUAAUGUCCAACAGUGUUGGCUUGGUAAUCCUCAAGAUUAAGUUGGGGGGAGUGAGGACUGAUAGCCAUCUCUGUACCUUCCAUCAGGGAACAAAGUGGUACUUAAAAAGGGUAAAUAUAUUGACCACUCAUGGACUAAAAUUGAAGAUAGUAGCGGGCUACUCAAAAAUCAAGUUUUGUAAUUGCUCCUUUUUAUCAGGGUAGGAGUAUUAUAAAAUACGAGGUAAGUUUGCAAAGUAUCUUUGGGGGGGGGGGAGUGGAUUUACAAGUCACAACUGGCUGUUGGCCUGUAUCCUUCCAUUGUCUUGUGAAUGUCUGCUUUUCUUGUCCUACCUUUUCAGUUUUCCAAAAAUUGAUUCUGAAGACAAGUUUGUAAAUCCUUUAAGUCAGAGGUUGCAGCAAUCUGCUGAUUUGAAGCUACAGAUCGGUUUCUCAAGAGCAAAAUAGAGGCUUUGAGUUGGUAAAAAGUUCCACAACUUUAAAAAUAACCGAGACAGUUGACACAGUACAAGCAAUCAGAAAGAAAUGUGUAUAUAUAUAUACUGCCUCCGUGUUUUACAGUAAGAAUUGUUGCUAUAAAACUGUGUAAACAGAAUUUAUUCAUGUUUCCUGCAUAUUAAAAAACCUUAAUGUACCAGUUGGUAAACUAUUAAAUGCAUAUAAAACUA